AUGGUAUGCAUCAACGAAGGGCUCUGGCUUGCUAUGGGACAUCCGCUGAAGGGCGGCAAGGGAGCCAAGGGCGGAAAAGCUGGCAAGGGCAAGGGCAAGUCCAAAGGCAAGAUUGCACUGUGGAAGAAAGUGCUGAAGAAAAAGGCGCAGAAGGCCGAAGCCAAGAAAGAUGCCCCGAAGCAAGCCUCGGAUGAGGAGGUCGAUGCCCAGGAUGUCUUCUGGAGGCCGACGUGGGAUACACUUGGCCCUCUUCAGGAGGUGAGGGAGAAGGACGACAUGAAUCGCUUGGGUCGGAAACGCGAGAAGACGGGCAAAGAUGAUUUCGGAUUUGGCGUGCUGCUGAACCGAGCUCCCGUCCUCCGGUCCAAGAAAAGUUUGGAAGCGGCAAAGGAGGAGCAAGAGACUCCAGAGCCUGGGCAAAGCCGCCGAGCACUGGCCCAGAAGCGAAGGCGCCAGCGGAAGCUGCUGGCGCUGGAGGCGCCUGAGAAGCAGUUGGCCUUGCCGCCAGUGGAGGAGGCCAAAGCUGCUGGAUCUGCCACGGAGAAGCCUGGGAAGCCCAAGAAAAAGAUUGUCAGGAAGAAAUCCAAGAAGGCUCCAGCAGCAGAAAGUUCUGCAACUUGA